AUUGGGCUGGCGUCAUAUAUUAUUGUCGGAUCUAAGUCGGGUCGAAACCCGUUUGAUGGAUCCGUCUCCUACCGAAUCACUUCAAACAAGAAGAAGGAGAGAGAGGAAGAGAUCAUCGGUGUGGCGAGCAAUGGAUUUGAAGAAACGGCGAAAGAUUUUGGAGAAGAAAAAGACGAUUCAUGACCUUAUUAAACGAGCUUCUUCCAUUGAAGAUCCUCUUUCUCCGUUCGAUUCUUUCCGCCAUUACCGAAGAAACGACUUAUCUUUGUACCUGGAAUCUGGCCGUGGAGAUAGACUUUCCUCGUCUGUGAAGCAAUACAUUCGAAAUCUCUUGAAGACGAACAUGGAAGGGUUUUAUGGGUCUGAUUGGCCUAUACAAGCAAAGGUGAAGCGUAAGGAGAUGUCUUCCGCAGACGCACAUUAUAUCUUUGUGCGUGAGCUGCGUUUUGGUAAAGCCUAUGAGACAUCUACUCGAAGAGCUUGCAUGGAAGAGUGUAAUCAGAUAGCUGGAUUUGUGCAUUAUCGGUUUACUUUAGAGGAAGAGAUUCCCGUCCUUUAUGUGUAUGAAAUACAACUGGAAUCCCGGGUUCAAGGAAAGGGACUGGGAGAAUUUUUAAUGCAGUUGAUUGAGCUCAUUGCUUCUAAGAAUCGGAUGAGUGCUAUCGUGCUAACUGUUCUAACAUCUAAUGCAUUGGCAAUGACUUUCUACAUGAGCAAGCUAGGACUUUCUCGGCGAAGUAUGAGAUACUUUGCAAAACAUUUGAUUCCGAAGCUAAAUUUGUGUUGGAGAAUGACGAAGAACCUACCAAAAAUUGAGUAUCAAGCAUCGAAUAGCACAUACAGAUUCACUACCACAGAGGGUUGUGAUAGGAUGCAACUUGCAGCAAGAAAGCUUUUCAGAUAUUGUUUAAUGGCCGCUGAGGAUCGAAGUGAGGAGCUAAGCAGUAAUGUAGAAAAUGGAAGUUGCAGUUCCAAUGAAGGAACAAAUCCUGAAACCAGCAGUCAUUGGAUUGAAAACGUUGUCAAGGUUAGGAAACCGUACACAGUAACUAAGCAGAGAGAGAAGUGGAGUGAGGAAGAGCAUGAUAGGUUUCUUGAAGCUAUUAAGCUUUAUGGUCGUGGUUGGCGUCAAAUCCAAGAACACAUAGGUACGAAAACCGCUGUGCAAAUACGAAGCCAUGCUCAAAAGUUUUUCUCCAAGAUGGCUCAGGAACCUGACAAUAUAAAUGAAGGAUCGGUUAAAGCGAUUGUGAUCCCGCCUCCUCGUCCAAAGAGAAAACCGGCACAUCCUUAUCCUCGGAAAUCGCCUGUUCCAUAUUCUCAGUCUCCUCCAUCAAAUUUUUCAGCUAUGGAGAAAGGAACCAAGUCUCCAACCUCAGUCCUGUCAUCAUUUGCUUCAGAGGAUCAAAUCAACAUAUGCUCUUCGCCUAAUUCGUGUACCAGUGACAUCCAAUCCAUCGGUGGAACUUCCAUUGAUAAAAAGAAUGACUAUACAACAUCCAAGCAAUCCUUCAAAGAGGAUUCUGACUUUGGUUCAACACCCAUGUCAAGCAUUACACUUUUUGGGAAGAUUGUCCUUGUCGUGGAAGAAUCUCAUGAAAAACCAUCCUCUUACAGAGAUGAUGAUGAUCCUAAAUCAAUGACAGAUCAGGAGAAUCACUACUCAGGGAUCAAGAAUUCUAGCUUGCACAUUGACACUAAUUUAUCUCUUGGGGUAUGGGAAACGUCUUGUACCGGUUCUAAUGCCUUUGGCUCAGUUACACAAGUGUCAGAGAACUUGGAGAAGAGUGCAGAGCCGAUAAGUUCUUCAUGGAAACAGUUAAGCUCAUUUGAAAACCAAGGAUCAUGUAAUCCUGCAACUGCAAGUGGGUUCAGGCCAUACAAGAGAUGCCUAUCAGAAAGAGAAGUUACAUCAUCAUUCUCGCUGGUAGCUUCAGAAGAACAGAAAAGCCAAAGAAGAGCACGUAUAUGCUAGUUUUAGCCAUUGUACAGUUUGGGGUCACUUUGAUGAUCCGUCAACAUUGUUUUAGCCAUUGCUGGAUGACUUGGAUCAUAACAUUCCACGAACCAAAUCUAAAUCCUAAUUGGUAAGUGAUUUUUACUUGUCCGCCACAUGUAAUUCUUGUAAUGAAGUUUCUGCGGCUGUCUCACAUUAAAAAGACAGUUCUGUU